GAUCUAAUAUUUCACUGAGCAAAAAUGCACUGUUUCUCACCAGAAAUAUUUUUAGAAAGGUGAAGCAGUUUGUUUCAUAUCCAUUGAGUGAAAUACACGUGCUCACUUGUUAAAUUAUAAAUACAAAUACAUUAAACAUCACCCACAGUACAGUCUCUUGACUGCUAGAAAAAAAAACAAAAAAAUGCAUUAACAAAGUUCAUUAAGAGAAAUAAGUAUUAUUAGACACAGAAAAGGUUAGAAAAAGCACAGACAGAGAACUGAGAAAGCAGAGACACAAGAAAUAGCAUUAUUUCAUUGAAGUGAAUCAGUUCAAAGUGUCUCUAAAUAUAGAGGUAACAUGACGUUCAACGGCAGUUUCAUAAUCCUCCUUACCAACCACUUCUGUGGAAAAUCGACACUCCUCGAAACAGAUGCAGCAUGUGCUGCUUAACCACCGAUGUCCAACGCACUCAUUACGAGCCACUCGACUACUAGCUGCCUCUCAACUACCAGUUCAUGCUACUGACUUGCCGCAGUUUGUACAAAAACACAGAAUGGAGCAUUUCAACAGAAUCAAAGCUCCUGCUACGGAUAAACUUAGGCAGCUCCAAAAAAUCGUUCAAGACAUAAAAAAGAACGACGACAGCCUUUUCAACAGACUAAAAAGGUUUCAAACCGAACAAACAGCUAAUAUUCUCAAAACUGGGAGAAAUACACUGGACCGAAUAAAGAAGAAAAGACCUCCGAAAGUACCAGUACGAGACUAUCAAGGCGAAGCUCCAGACUCUGAGAAGGACUGUGACUCAGAUUUUGACAGCGAUACGUACGAGGACCCACAGGGCGAUCAUGACGACAGCUACGAACCUCCACCGAGGCUUGAAGGUCACAUGAAGGCCUUUACGGUCAGCCCGUCCAUCACCAACCCCAGAGGAGAGUAUGUGGACAGCUGUCGUGGUCGACCGGCAAAACCAAACCAUCCUUUCCAUAUGCAACAGAGGCACAAACCCCCACGACCGACCCACCGCAACCUGGCAGAGGAAGAUGAUGAUGAUUACAUUGAGCCGGAGGAUGAAACGGAUGACGAUAAUUACAUUGACCCCACUGAGAAAACACUAACAAAGCCGCCGAUUAACAGAGCAGUCAAACCGUGCAUUUCUGCCCGUGCAAACAGUCCUGAUUUCUAUGAGGUUCCUGAUGUGAAGGAGAACUCGCAGUCUAAAACAAGCAAGAGUAAAACGACUCUACAACCCAACGUACAGAUGACGCCACCUAAAGCCAGUCCACGAAUGAACAUCAGAAGGCCAACAAUAAGUCCAGAACCACAGUCAGAAGACGAGUACGAGGUGUGUGAUGCAGACGACAAUAUUAAUGAAGGACCAGAGGAAACCACAGAGGCCCGCAGACCAUCCAUACCCACACCGCGACCUAGAGACAUGAAGAAACCAAAUACUGCUGUGAUACCGAAACCAAACACUCCUCGAAGAGACAGUGAAGCCACGUCAAUUAAAACACCACCAGUAACUACACCACGAAACCCACCAGACACCAUGCAGAGCCCGUCACCAACAGGGUUCCAUCGAGCCAAGAUGCCUCUGCCUCGACAGCUUCCCUCCCAAAGCAGAGGGACGUUGCCUUCAGACAGCAGAGCAGCUAGAGACGCUGAAGAGGAAGCUGGUGUGUAUAAAAAGAUUUGGUAUGCCAGCGGCUGUGACCGCAAGACAGCAGAGGACGCUCUCAUACGCGCAUCUAAGGAUGGCUCUUAUCUGCUCAGGAAGAGCUCUGGUGUGGAUGCACAACAGCCGUACACACUAGUGGUGUUUUACAACAGCCGAGUUUACAACAUCCCUGUCCGGUACAUCGCUUCCACCAAACAGUAUGCGUUGGGGAAAGAAAAACAAGCGGAGGAGCGUUUCAGCAGCGUCUCUGACAUCAUUGAGAACCACCAGAAGAAUCCUCUAGUGCUGGUCGACUCACAAAGCAACACCAAAGACUCCACCAAACUCAGACAUCCAAUCAAGAUAUGAGGCAGCCUCAGAAAUAGCGUCAAACUAAAUCUGAAGACGCCGUGAAGACAUUCAUAUUAAAUAUAACUGCACUGAGAGGGUGCUAACUGUGUGGUAGUUUCACAUCUUACCAUGACAAGGGGAUGGAAACAGAUCCACGCUUGCAAAACUGAAACUUGCUGCUACUUUUAUAACUUAUUUUCCUGAGUCACAGGUUACGGACGGUUCAUGAGUUCGAAAACAGCGGCGAGACUCGGUAUUUUUAUUUGGACGCGGCGUUUUUUACGCGCAACCGUAAAAAAAGUCCGUGUUGCGCCUUUUUCAAAACACAGCGCAGGAGAACGCGCUCUGUGCAACCCGUGCAGAAAAACAGAGGAAAGUGUUAUAUAAAAAUACGCAAAUAUGGUACAGCUGUACAGUUUAUAUAUGUUUAUGGGUAGAUGGAUCUUUGUAUUUGUUUCACCUUAUAUAAGGUGUGUUAAGCAAAAAAAUAAAACAUGACUUUUUUUAAUUAAAGUGAU